AUGCCAUCAUAUAUGGAGGACGGUCAAGCAUGUGUCGUAUGCGGCGAUGUGGCUACAGGUCUACAUUACAGAGCGAUCACCUGUGAAGGAUGCAAAGGUUUCUUCCGUCGAACUUCACAGCGUCAUCUGACGUAUUCCUGUAAGAGCGGCGAAAAGUGUGAAAUCAACAAGCAGACGCGGAACGUUUGCCAGCGUUGCCGAUAUCUCAAGUGCACCGCCGCUGGAAUGAGCGCUGACUUGGUAUUGAAUGAGGACGAGCGAGUACAGAAACGAGAACUUAUAAAAGGAAAUCGUGAACGUCGCCAUCUGGAGCAGCUGCUCGCCAUUAUCAAAGGACCACCACUCGACGAGAAUCAUCAAAAGGAGCUCAUGUUUGAGGUUGACCUCAUUACGAACUCCUACUGCCGCAAUAUCGACCAACCAAUGAACCGAUCUGUGCUGUCGAGUAGCAGCAGCGAUCCGGAGGGUCAAUUGACUGAGAUUCUUCGCCUCAUCGUGCGAAGAAGCACCGAUUUCGCUCAAGUGGUCGGAGUGUGGAAUACGUUACCAGUAGAAUGUCAAACUCAACUGUUGAACUCGACGAUGAUGGAAGUCCACUUGCUUCGGUUUGCGUCCUUCUUCGAUGAAACUGAAGAGUGCUUUAGACCAGCGGCGAACAUUUCCUUGAGCCACAGCGAUUUGCUGGAUACCUUGGCUGUGGACGUUGUCGACCACGACGAAAUAGAUGAACUUCGAGAACUGCUCACGUGUUUGUUCUCUUUGGCACGAUCGCUGGCUGAUUUGCAGCUGGAUGAUCGUCUACUGGCUGUGCUCAGCGCCAUGUUCAUCUUCGAUCCGACGAACGUAUCCGAUCCGUCACUGGUCGAAGUCGUCUCGUUCGCGUAUACACGGCUGGACGAAAUGCUGCAUGCGUUGGUCGACGAAGCCAGCGAUGGCAUUGGGACGACAAGAGCGUUUGCACGUCUUGUGGCCACGGUGACGGCAUUCUGUCGUGUUUGCCAUCGUCUCAGCGAACACUUCAAACCACAAAAUGUUGAAUUCUUUGAGAAAGUACUAGGGUUCUAG